AUACAAAUCUCAAUACCACUCACAUAGUAGGUUAUCGCAAAACUACCGAAUUAAUCAAUAGAACAAUUUGCACCUCAAUCCCCACCCACAAAGAUAAGGUCCUAAUUUCUGACUGUGUCGAUAUCAUAGACGAUCAAAUAUGUUCUACCAAUUUAAAACAUCGUGAAUUCGCAAAUAAAACAAAUCUUCCUAGUACUAUUAGAAUUCAACCCAGAGCAAGAAUCAUGUUUUUGAACAAUUCCCAAUACAGACACCACAUAGCUAACGGUAUC